GGCCCAAAGGCGUUUGAGGAGACACUCGCUGCUUGUUAAUUGUCCGGACAGACAGCCAACCAGCAAGUCAGCAUCCAGAACAGCCGACAGGACCAUGGGGAAGCCGUGGCGUCAUGAGAGGUGAAAGAGGCUAAGCGUUUAAAACUUCACUGGAGAUCUGCAACUUCUUUAAAAACUGGUGAAAUGCCUCUAGCUUUAAGAGCAUUUUUUUAAUUAAUAAGGGGGAGGGGGGAAAAUUAAGGAAGUCCACGGUUAAUCUUGGAACGGCGACAGUAAAACCGAGAAGCCUGGCGUUGAUUUGAAAGCUUUGGUCAGCUGCUGUUAUGCAAAACUGAUCCAAGGGAACAAAAGGAAUAUUUAGCGAAUAUGCUGCGCAAACGCUUUUUCCUAGGAGUUUUUGGAUCGUUUCGUUAGAAACUUUUGACCUCUUUUCCUUUUUUUUUUUAAACGUGGAUUUUUCCAGAGCAAUGGCACGAGCUUUCCUCCCCCCCUUCUUAGUCAAGGCUGUUUGAAACAGUGACUGUUUAAUUUGGGGCCACAAUGUUUUGUCGAAGGUAGCAGUUGGCUUGAAACGUGAUUUUUUUCCCCCCUCCCAAGGCCUUUUCCUGCCAUUUACUGUUUGUUUGUCUGGCUUGGAAAGGAGAGAGCCAUGAAGAUUUUCCAGCAUAUCAGGAGCGAUCGCUCGUUCAGUAGCACAACCUGGAAGUGGCACAUACAAGACCCAGCAAGCCAGCGGUUGACAUGGAACAAACCUCCCAAGAGUGUCCUUGUUAUCAAAAAGAUUCGCGAUGCCAGCCUUCUGCAGCCCUUCAAGGAUCUCUGCACAUACCUCUCAGAGGUGAACAACAUGAUCGUUUACGUCGAGAAGAAGGUGCUGGAGGACCCAGCCAUCACAAACGACGACAGUUUUGGACCAGUGAAGAAAAAGUUUUGCACUUUCAGCGAAGAUUAUGAUGAUAUCUCCAAUCAGAUAGAUUUCAUCAUUUGUCUGGGAGGCGACGGGACCUUACUCUACGCUUCUUCGCUCUUCCCAGGCAGUGUGCCUCCGGUUAUGGCUUUCCACCUGGGGUCGCUUGGAUUUCUUACCCCAUUCAAUUUUGAGAACUUUGAGUCUCAAGUCACUCAGGUCAUAGAAGGCAAUGCAGCACUUGUUCUCCGAAGCAGGCUUAAAGUGAAAGUUGUCAAGGAACACCGAGAGAAGAAGACGAUGAUCCAGAACGGGAUCGAGGAAAACGGAGUAAUAUCUCCAAGCCUAGAGAAGGAAAUGUUCAAGCAAGUCAUGCAAUAUCAGGUCCUGAAUGAAGUUGUAGUAGAUCGAGGCCCCUCAUCAUAUCUUUCCAACGUGGAUGUCUUCCUAGAUGGGCAUCUUAUCACCACAGUGCAAGGAGACGGAGUUAUCGUCUCCACCCCAACGGGCAGCACGGCAUACGCAGCUGCGGCGGGAGCCUCGAUGAUCCACCCGAACGUUCCAGCAAUCAUGAUCACCCCCAUCUGCCCACAUUCGCUCUCCUUCCGGCCCAUUGUGGUGCCAGCUGGAGUUGAACUGAAGAUCAUGCUAUCUCCUGAUGCCAGGAACACGGCAUGGGUGUCAUUCGACGGGCGGAAGAGGCAGGAAAUUUGCCACGGCGACAGCAUCAGCAUCACUACCUCUUGCUACCCCCUCCCUUCGAUCUGUUUCCAAGACCCUGUGAGUGACUGGUUCGAAAGCCUAGCAGAAUGUUUGCACUGGAACGUUCGGAAGAAGCAAAACAACUUUGCCAUUGAUGAAGAAGAGGAGUUCUAAGCCUUGGCACUAGCGGAAACUCACAGGGAAGCCCUCGAGAGGCUGCCCUCCUUGCUGUACAAAGUGUAUUUCUAAGCCCAUAGCUACUUGGGAGUAGACCAAUAUAAUAUAUAUUUUAUAAGACAGCGAUGUACCUCAUAUCAGUCUGUUCUGCUGAUGACCAGAUAUAUCAUAUUUUCCUGUCUGUUGAGAGGGCGUGCAGCAAAAUUUAGAAGGCAGAGAGAGGCGUUUCUAGCCAGGCAGGUCGAGUUCUUUGUCUGUUUGUAAUUGUGCGACUUGUGUUCUGAAUAACUUGUUUUCUAAGCAAGGACCUUGGCGGGAACCUCAUGAAAAACAAAAGAACGUUACUUGGGAUGGUUCUUGCAAAUCCACGGAUUUCUCCAUCGGUCACAGUUUUGCAGGUCGGGAAGAUGUAUGAUGAGAACGAGAUGGCACUAAAAAGAAAGCAUUUCUUUUGGCUUGUCAAACCUGUUAUUCUGUGCACUUUCAAGAGAGCAAACCUAUAGCAAAAUGAGGAGGCUAGAUAACGAUAUGUUGCCUGCUUUACGGUGGUGUUCCUUCUUCUUUAACUUAAGAAAUGUGUUUUGACCGCUGCUUAGAAACAAGGGUUUUUGGUUUGUUUGAUUUGUGGUCACUGUAAUUCUCUUCUGUUGUCAUUGCUGUAAUUCCUCCCUGUUGUCGGUGCUGCCUGUAGUUCAUAUUAAUUUUGUUACACCUCCUCAGCGAUGACUGCAACAAGCAGUUUCGUGAACUUUUUUUGGCUUCAUGGAGGGAACUAUUGAGGUGAACCUUGCAGGUUCUGCUCUGGAUAUAUCGUGGCACUAUUAAAAGAUUGUGAAUUCUCAGGCGCUUCUCCCAUUACAUUAUAAAGACACAAGGAUCCUUUUGGGAAGUCUAGACAUGCAGGCAGCAACUCAAAAAGUGAGCACGGGAAAUGUCUCCUGUGUGAAUCCCAGGGAGAUAUGCGCAAGAGGAUUUAUGCGCUCUUGCACGAGUCCCUCUUGUUUCCACAGGACUUGCAAGAUGGAAAGUGUUCCCGAUGGAUUGUGCAAAACGCAGGAAACUGUUAUGGAAUUAACUCAAUUUGUAGGGUGGAAAAAGGUGUCUGAGAAAUGCUAGGAUUAAACCUUUUUUUAAAAAAAAAAUCCUCAGUGCACAUAACUGCAAAUUUUUGCUGUUCUGGCUGCAGCAGUUUUUGCUUCUCUGAAGAUGUGCCCUCCAGAUUUUGGAAGCAGUUUAGAGGCACCACCAGGAUCAAGAGGAGGAGGAAAUAGAUGUGGUAGGUUCUCGGAAGCUCCAGUCCCUGUCUGGCUCUUCAGGCGAGAGCCCUGCCCCAUGGGCUCCAUCCAGAACUGCCGGGAACGUGGACUUCCUGGUAGAGAGACAGUUUGCCUUUCUACCUUCACUGCUCCACGGUUAUCCUAGAACCAGCCUUGAGAGCCAUGGCCUGUGACCUCAGGUAUUGCAUAAGCAAGCCUGCAGGUCUCAUCUUGGCGCUUUGUGUGUAUAGGGCGGUUCCACAGCUUCUGUGUGAGAGUGUGGAGAGAGUGUGCUUUCCGCGUCAUUAAAACACAACAUGAGAAGCAGUCUCCAAAGUGCAUGUUCCAUGCCCCAGCUGGUGGGAGACUGCACUCAGUUUACAAGUCUCUGUUAGCAGUACAGGCCUGCUUGGGUUUCUGCCACCUUCUAAACUGUGGCGACCUUGUACGCUGCUUGCUUGGGGUGAGACCCCACAAAAUGGCUCUUGCCUCUCCAGCUAAAAGUUAAGCCGAUGCGCUGUCUGCUUUGCUAGAAUGAUGGCCUUCGAGGCAACGGCGUAGCCCAUCGGCACGUGAGCAUCCGACAAGAAAAGCAGGAGACAUUCCGAGCAUGUUUGCUCUGGUGCCUUCAGCACACCUUUUGGGGCUUUUUUUUUUUAAAGGUUGUCUUUGUACCUUUUUUUUUUUUUAACGCUUCUGUCGUGUACCUGUUUUUGAACCUGUCGUGUACCUGUUUUUGAACCUGUACAUGACUUUGAUGAAGACAAACAAAAUGGGUAAGGAUGCAAAAAGUAUGUUUUGCAAAUAGGUUUCCCUCCGCAGCCGUGAUCUGUCGCCACUCUGGCUGGGGGCUACAUGUAAAGGGGGAAAGGAACUGGAGGAAUGCAGAGAUGGUGGAGCAGACUUUCCUACUUUGGAAGGAUGGUGCCACUGAGAUUUGAGUUCUCCACUAGGAAGCUGGGGGAGGGGUCUCCCCGGAGAUGCCAAGGCCUCUGGGGAAAUCUCCCAUUUUAUGGUGGGAAAAGGUACACAAGGGAGCCGAGUGUUGCUCUUACAUUCUUUCUAGCCUGUUGGGCUAUCAGUGAGGCUGACUGUCAGAAGGCAGGCUUCGUCCUCUCCAAAUUCGGAGCUGGUUCUAUCAGCAAAAGAGGUUCAAGUCCAUGUCCCCUCUGCAUGUGGCCCCUCCAUAGCUGAGGGGGAGCGUUCUCUCCCCCUCCCCCCAUUUCCAAAACUUUUUAUCUCCCUGCCUUAUGAAGUAGCGCUGUCCUGUACGGCCCCAGGACUCGACUCCCCCCUGCUGCCGCCUGCGUAGGCCAGGCCGUCAAAAGUUUACAUUUAUGUUUGUCAUGCUUUCACCCCCAACACUGCCUGCCCCCCAAUCCGAAGAGUAGGACCUAGUUGACUACUGUGGAGAUCUUCAGAGGAACUGGACGUUGUCAGCUGGCCAUGAGGUCCAGGGCACAGAUCGAUUUGAUGGGGAAGAAAAGGGAGAGGAGAAGAUGGACUGCACGUGCUACAGGAAGACAAAGGUUCCCUCAAUGUUUUGCCUCUCUGAAGGAAGAGGUAACAGGGCAACGUAGUUUCACCUUCUUUUCCCUGUUCAAACUGUUCCACGAAAGUUUCUCAUGAUUGUUCCCCCCCCCCCCUUUGGUGUUGUCUUUGUCAGUUUUGAAUUUUCUUUGUUACAAAGAGCAACUCAACGGUAGCAUUAACUGCACUAAAAAGCUUGUAAAUUAUCUUGUGAGCGAGAAUGAUGGUUUUGAGUUGUCUCUCUCUCUCUUUUUUUAGUUGCAAAUUGGUCUGUACAAGGCCAGAUGUGGUGAGUCCCCACCCCCUGGGAGGAUGUUCAAUUAGCUGUUCAAAUCUCUGUUUUCACUUGAAUUUUAUGGUCUGAUUAUGUGCUGUCACUGUUUGUGUAUGCGUGUUUUUUAAGUCACUUACGGGUUUCCUAAACAGCCGAGUAUUUUCUUGUUUGGAAGAGCAGUCUUAUUUCCUGAGCUGUAGAAAUGGAGCUUUGUUUGAUGAGAAAGACUUCUUUCCCCCUCCCCUUUAAAUGCAAUAAUUAAGAAAAGGAACAGGGUAAAAGUGUUUGAUUUUUUAAAAAAUUGCUUGUAUGAAGUAUGUUGAUGUGAACAGAAGGGUGAGUAGGCAAAGCGGAAGGGCAAAGAGAAGUGAAAUAAAGAUUUAGAAGAUUCAGGUGGGGGGGGGCCCAGAAGAGUGACAAGAAUUCACAUUUUUUAAAAAAAAUUGUAAUUAAUAAGAGUUUUUCAGGACGUGUGAAAGAAAAUUUGGAUUUCUUUCCUAAAUAAAGAUUUUAUAUAUUGCCUUCCC